AGACCUCCAGCAGGGUCCAGGACUGCCUCCCAGAAACGCGCUCAUCCACUCGCUCCGUAACGCGCUCAGACCUCGCCCGCCCGCACGUGGAUCCGGGCGGAGAUCCACAGAGUUAAGAGCGCGACGCGGCGCGCGCGCACCGGACAGGCUCGUGCCAUCUCCGCCGCUUUUAUUUGUUGUUUUUCUUUUAUUUGCAUCGUGUUUGUAAAAUGGGAUUCUGACAGCAGCAGGGCUGCCGGCGCCGUCGGCUCCUCCUGAGCGGAAAAUGAAGCGUCUCUGUCGGAGGCUGGCGGUGGCCGUGGCGGUGCUGGUGUGGCUGGGAGCGCUGGUUUACCUGCUGGUGCUGAGUCGGAGGAAGUUACCGGAGCUCGGUGCGGGAGCAGGAGGAGCAGCCGGAGCAGGAGGAGGUGCAGAGACUGGAAACAAGCAGAUUUCAGAGGCAGAAUGGGAGGACAUGCUGGAGGGGUUUGAUGAGCGGAGCUACCUGAACGCUCGGCGCUGGAAACCCGGCGAUGACCCGUACACCUUGUACGCCUUCAACCAGAGAGAGAGUGAACGCAUCCCCAGCGACCGCGCCCUGAGAGACACCCGGCACUACAGGUGCACCGCUCUACACUACGACUCAGAUCUUCCUCCAACAUCCAUCAUCAUCACCUUCCACAACGAAGCCAGAUCCACUCUGCUCCGCACCAUCAAAAGUGUCUUGAAUCGGACUCCGGUUCAUCUGAUACAUGAGAUCAUCCUGGUGGACGACUUUAGCAACAACGAAAGCGACUGCCAGCUUCUCACCAAACUGCCUAAAGUCAAAUGUCUUCGCAACAACAAGAGAGAAGGCCUGAUCCGGUCCAGAGUACGGGGGGCUGAUGCAGCCAGAGCCAAAGUCCUGACCUUCCUGGACAGCCACUGCGAGGUCAACAAAGACUGGCUGCCCCCCCUGCUGCAGAGGAUCAAACAGGAUCCCACCCGUGUGGUUAGCCCAGUCAUCGAUAUCAUCAACAUGGACACCUUCGCCUAUGUGGCGGCUUCUGCGGAUCUCCGUGGAGGGUUUGACUGGAGUCUCCAUUUUAAGUGGGAGCAGUUAUCACCUGAGCAGAAGGCACGUCGGACCGACCCAACUCAGCCGAUCAAGACCCCGAUCAUCGCAGGCGGGCUUUUUGUGAUCGACAGGUCCUGGUUCAAUCAUCUGGGGAAAUACGACACGGCAAUGGACAUCUGGGGUGGAGAAAACUUUGAGAUCUCGUUCCGGGUUUGGCAGUGUGGCGGCAGUUUGGAGAUCCUGCCCUGCAGUCGUGUGGGCCACGUGUUCAGGAAGAAACACCCUUAUGUCUUUCCUGAAGGCAACGCCAACACAUACAUCAAGAACACACGCCGUACAGCUGAGGUGUGGAUGGACGACUUCAGCCUGUUUUACUACUCUGCCCGGCCUGCUGCUCGAGGGAAAUCCUACGGAGACAUUCAAGGCAGAGUGGAACUUCGGAAAAAGCUCAAGUGCAAAUCCUUCAAGUGGUACCUGGACAAUGUGUACCCGGAGCUCAGGUAA